AUGGCACAAUCUUCCACAGCGGUCAACAGCCUCAGCACCUCACCUCUGCCAAUCAUGACGGCGGCGAAAUAUGCCUUCAUUUCGGUAGCAGUUGCGGCUGGGCUGUAUACGGCACUACUGGGACUGCUGACGACGUCGACCUUUCAAUCCCAUGUUGUUUACCUGCACGCAAUUCAGAUGACGUGGUGCAAGGAUCUCGAUGUUCCUGAGAUCUUUGGCUUUCUAAAGAACCAGGUUACUCCUUUCUCUAUUGAGACAUCCGAUGGUGAACAUCUUUACGCCUGGCAUAUUCUUCCCAGAGAGUUGUAUCGCAAAAACGAGCGUCCUCUUGUUGCUGAACCAACUGGUUUCGUUUCCGAUAUCACGUCUCGACUAGCUUUCCAACUUUUGCGCGAUAAUCCUGAUGCUCGACUAAUUAUUCACAUGCAUGGUGCUGGGGGAACCGUGGGCUCGGGCUAUAGAGUUCCCAACUAUCACGCGCUGUCGGCGGGCCAGCCUGGAAAGAUUCAUGUCUUGACAUUUGACUAUCGAGGAUUUGGGCGUAGCACCGGCACACGGUCCGAGAGCGGACUUAUACUGGAUGCCCUUGCCGUUGCGGACUGGGCUAUGAACGUCGCCAGCAUCCCUUCCUGCCGUAUUCUCAUCUUUGCUCAAUCUAUGGGCACGGCUGUGAGCAUCGCUGUGUCUAAGCACCUUGCUCUCCAACAUCCACCCGUCGUCUUUGCAGGCACCAUUCUAGUUGCACCAUUUGUUGAUGUCGCAACACUUGUCGCGACCUACCGAGUCGCAGGAACUAUUCCUGUCCUGGCGCCGCUUGCGAAGCUCCCGCUGCUGUUCAACUACCUUCAACGCUUUAUACAGGAUAAAUGGUUGAGCAAAGACAACAUUGCACAAUACGUCCGAGCUAAUGAAGUUAAUGGAGAGAUGUAUCGCCUAACGAUCAUACAUGCCGAGGACGAUUAUGAUAUUCCAUGUCAUCACACCCCCACUAUCUUUUGGCAUGUUGUCAACGCUUCAGUGUAUUCAGGAAUAAGCUGCGACGAACUCGAAGCAAGAAAAUUGGAAUCCAAGGUAGAUCUGGGCGCUGCAGGGUCAGUCAUGGAAUGGCGGGCAGAAAACGGUGUUAUUCGGGAGGAAAUUCUCAAGACUGGCUUACAUGAUGUUAUUAUGGGCUACCCAGUAAUAACAAUGGCCGUUAUGCGCUCUUUUGAAGCUGUGGAUCCGUCAUUUACAGGCUGA